AUGGGAAGUGAAAUGAGUUAUAAAAAAAAAAUAUUUGCGAAUGAAUUUUCCAAAAAAAGAAAUGUGAACAAGAAAGUGAUUUUCAUGAAUAUGAUUUAUUUAAUGAUACUUUUUAUCAUUUGUUUUAUAGGAGGAAUACUACUAGGGUUUUUAACUACAUCCUAUACACCUGAAAUAAAUAUAAUUCAAAAUGAUAAAAACGUAUUUCAUUUUUUAUCAAAAAAUGAUAAGAUUAUUAUUGGAGGAAAAUUAAAUAUAGAAUUAAAUAUUCGUAAUAAUACUAUUUUAUCAUAUAUAUUCAGUUCAGAAAAUGUUAAAUUUUUCUAUUAUCCUAUAGGAAUAAAUUAUAGCUGUUUGUUAUAUAACGGAGGAUUGCAAAAAUCAACCGAUCAUAUUCCUUUAAGUUAUAGAAGUGAAAUUAAUAUUCCAUUAAAUAACGACGAAAAUGUAUUUCCAACUAAAUUAUCUAUUAAAAUAAAAUACACUUUAUUGGAGUCUCCAUCAAUAGUAUAUACUAUUCCACUACACCUUGGUUAUGAAAUAGGAGAUAAAUAUAAACAAGAAAUACAGCCAUUAUAUAAUGAUUGUAAACAUUUUAAUAGAAUUUACUUUUCUAUAAGAUUUGAUGAGUUACGUAUAUCAAAUAAAUUAAGAAAUAUAUACAGUGAUAAAAAUUAUGAACUAAUAUUUUAUUGUAAAUGUUUUAUAGAUAAUAAGGUGCAUGCCUUUUUUAAUUCUUUACCAGUGAAUAAAAGUGUUAUUUUGAAUGAAUUAACAAAUAAUCCUAAUUUGUUAGAUUAA